AAAAGGGCCGCCAGUGGCAUCUACUCUUUCUCCGCCACUGCCGCGUGGGUGGAGGCCGCUGAUUGGCCCUGGGAUUCCCACGGCUCUCCAGCGUAUAAAAGCAGAGCCGCCGCCGUCGUUGUUCUAAGCGAUCCAUGGUCGGACAAUCUUCUCGUUGACGCUGGAGAGGGAUAGAACGAAGAAAAAGAUUGCUGGGUCUUGGAUUAGGAGUUUUAGGGUUUUGUAGAUGCAGCAGCAGGCGUAGAGGAGCUCGGGAGUCGCAGUUCGAGGGGCUUAACCCCGUCCUGUUUGACUGUGAAUUCCUUCGCCGAUUGUACGGCUUUUGGACGCGGUGGCCAGCAUCGGAUUCGAAUUCGAGCGCUGCACUGAUUGCGUGGUUGAUGGAUUGGUUUCAGUUGAUGUGAGGAGCUCAGGUUUGGAUGCUGUACAGAGUUUGGGACUUCGGGUAGGCGACCGUUUUGUGGCUGUGCUUGCCGAAUCAUGAGCUGUAUCGACGACUAUAGAGACAGUAGGAGAGACGAAGAGGAUUUCAGGCGUCCGGGUGGGAGCCAGGUAGCAGCUGAUUCUCUGCCCCUUGGACGGCACUCCUUGGGAGCGAAUGGAAAUUUUCCAGCUGCACAUCUUGAUAUUGAUGAGAAGCUUUUGAUCGACCCAAAGUUACUUUAUAUUGGAGCAAAAAUCGGAGAGGGAGCCCAUGGGAAAGUCUACGAGGGGAAGUACCACAACCAAAUUGUGGCAAUCAAAGUUCUCAAUGGUGGCAGUACUCCUGAUGAGAAGGUAACUCUUCAAGCUCGUUUUAUCCGAGAAGUAAAUAUGAUGUCCAGAGUCCAACAUGAAAAUCUUGUCAAGUUCAUUGGAGCUUGCAAGGACCCCUUCAUGGUGAUUGCCACGGAACUGCUUCCAGGAAUGUCAUUGAAGAAAUAUUUGAGCAGCAUUCGUCCCAAACAAGUAGAUCUUCAUAAAGCAAUUAGCUUUGCACUUGAUAUUGCUCGUGCAAUGGACUGCUUACAUGCUAAUGGGAUUAUACACAGAGACCUGAAACCUGAUAAUUUGUUGCUUACGGCAAACCAGAAGAAUGUGAAGCUUAUUGAUUUCGGACUUGCAAGAGAAGAAACAGUUACUGAGAUGAUGACUGCCGAAACUGGAACUUACAGAUGGAUGGCUCCUGAGUUAUAUAGUACAGUUACUCUGCGUCGUGGUGAGAAGAAGCACUACACCAACAAGGUUGAUGUUUACAGCUUUGGCAUUGUAUUGUGGGAGUUGUUGACCAAUCGAAUGCCAUUUGAAGGCAUGUCAAACUUGCAGGCUGCUUAUGCUGCUGCUUUUAAGCAAAUGCGCCCACCGCUGCCUGAAGACACGCCACCGGAGCUCGUGUUCAUUGUGCAGUCAUGCUGGGUGGAGGAUCCCAGCACGCGGCCCAGCUUCAGCCAGAUCAUUCGCAUGCUAAACGCCUUCCUUUAUACCCUUCCAUCAGCGCCUUCACCAGAACCCGACGCUGUGCCUGCCGUGAUGAACACCCGCGGCGCCAUCACAGCGACGUCCUCCCCACGGAGGGGAGGCAAGCUUUCUUUCCUUCGUCAACUCUUUGCUGCAAAGAAGGCAGGUAGUAGCAGUAGUAGCAGUGCGUAGGCGAUGGAAAUUUAUGAUUUUUCUUGGUUUUGACCGAAGGCGGUAUACUUCACAUGGAAUACAGGAAAAAAUAUCAUGCUUAUCCAAUAUUUAUAUAUAAAUCUAAUCUUCUAAUCUCA